UCGCUCAUCAGAGAUUUUUGUGAUUACACUUCUGCGCAUGGUUUUGGGAGGAUAAACGCAUCCCGACACUGGAUCCGCACAAUAUUCUGGAUUUUGCUUUGUGUGGCUGCUGUAACCAUGACAACGGUACAACUACACAUGCUGUAUAAAAAGUACCAAUCAAGACCACUCACUACACUGGUUGAGAUUGAAACGGCUACGGUACGCAUAGCUGCCAUUUCACCGUUCUUGAUCCUCGCUGAAUUUGGUCAAUUCUUAUUCAAAUAGGGGUGCUGUUUACUUGGUAAAUUAAAAAUUCAUAACUUUUCGUUGGCAUAUCAGUGAAGGCUCUUGGUAAAGAGCAAAAGGCAGUAAACGUUACUGGGUCAAACUGGCAAAAAAGCUAUAAUAAUUGUAGCUUGAUCAUGCAUUUCAAAGAUAGUACGAAUCUUGAUCCAGUUUUAGCUAGUUUGGGGCUUAAAGUGGCUCGAUCCCUGGCCGUAGUUUUAUGCUAGCAGUUUUCGUCAGUUCUAAUAUCUUUCUUACAAACCAACAAUACUACUGAGCUCGCCGAUGAAAUAAAAACCAACUAUUGUAAAAAGGUCUCGUCUGUGAAAAAGGUUACAGAUCAGAAGCUGUCCGAGAUCAGCAAAAUGAUUUCUUUUUAAGGCCGAUACACUGAGACAAAUUUCCUCCGCCAAGACGUUCCUUCAGACUCUCCUCUUCAGAAUUACAGUAAUGUUUACUUUCAUUUUGAAAGUUUCGUUGUCUUAUUUGGUUUUUAUAAAACUGAUUUAAAAAAAAGCAAGUGACAAAACUCAGAAUAAAUCUUUUAUGAAAUGUUUGGGAAAAAUCUGCACGGUUUUUGGGGAAAAAAGUUGCUCAAUUAACUUACAUGAAUUGACAACCAGCUCAUUCAUUAAGCCGAUAGUUAAACCUUUGUUAAUAAAGAAAAGUUGUUUCAAGCUUCAUUUACAUGUGUUAUGAUAAAAGCAAAUAUAUAUUUUUUCUUUUUAACUUGAAUGCAGAAUCUUCCAUUCCCAACCGUUACGUUCUGCAACUUCAAUGCCAUUAAGAAAGAGUCGCUUUAUCUAGCCAUGGAUCAAUACAGUGAAAUGGAAACAUUUAUCAAGCAAUUGUUGGAA